UCUAUUUCUUCCGAUCCUUUUCUUCCUCCCCACCCACCCAAGAUCCGGAUCCAGACCCCGGACUUCUCUCCAGAUUCCGCACUAACAAAUCUACUUAGUUCUAGACUCGAUAAUCCUCUCUGUACCUUCUUCUCCCUGUUUAUAAUCCUUCAGAAAUCGUACCCGUGUUCCUCCUCCUCUUCUUGGGCAGUUGCCACAAAGCUUCCUUUUUUGCAGAAACAAGAAAUCUGGGGGUGUUUCUUGCCGGUUCUGUUCUAGGUCCUCUCAUGGCCGAUUGAUUGGCUCACCAAUUUCGUGUUCCAGUGUGCGUGGAGUGGGGAGUUCCAGCAACAAGUGGUUGGGUUUCUUGUGAGCAACUCUAAUUCUCCGUUGCUUUCCCCUCCCCUACACCUUUUUACAGAAAACACAAGCAACCGGUUCUCCGAGCAAUUUUGAUCUAGCCCGGUUCCGUGCUAAUUCCCGGCGGAGAACAUAUAAUCGGAUCUUCUUCCGCCCAAUUUUUACUCGGACCACACGAAUUCUUUACAUUCUUUCCCGGCAAUGGCGAUGUCGCUGAGCCGCUUCUCCAACUGGAUAUGGCCGGGGAGCAGGACCCGCGAGCUGCCGGCGGGGAGCACGGUCCCGGCGACCGGGCUCUUCCCGGACUCCCCCUCGGGGUACCGGGAGCCCGACGCCGCCAGGCUCCCGAGCUCCGCCGGGGGCGCGGCGCGCCCGCGGAAGGGCAGGACACGCCGGCCCGGCCGUGGGGAGUCCGGGAUCGACAGGGAGCACGACAUGGUCAUCGUGCCCUCCGACGGCGGCGCCGGCUACCUGUCGGACUCUGACUCCGACGGCUCCGAGUGGUCCAUCGGCUGGCUCGAGCCGCAGGCGCCUGACAUGCAGAGCGACGGGGACUCUGAGGGCAGCUUCGCCGUCCUCGUGCCGUGCUAUCGCCGCGGCCGCGUCGAGCAGCCUGGGCGGUCCGACGGCCGUUUUCCUGGUCACGGUGGUCUUGCCGGCGGCAAUCAGACAGGUGGCAAUAAUUUUGUAGAUGAAUGGCUUUCUUCCCUUCAGAAUUGAUGUCUUCAUUCUUUGCUGGUUUCGCUGUAUAUAGUAUUGGUCCCCCGAUCUACCGUAUUCACCAUUUGUGUAUAUAUAUCGAUGAAGGAAGAGAUAAACCCAAAAUAACAAAAAAGAGAAGAGGAGAAGAGCAAGAGGGGUAUUGUUAAAAGCAGCAAUGCAUAGGGUGUUUACUUCCUGAGGUUUCAAGGCUAUGGUGCUAUUCUGAGAAGAGUCAUGAACAACAUGAGAUGCGUGUUGCUGAAAAGUUAUUACAUAUGCUUUCUGAUAACAAUUGGAUCUACAAAUUUCUAGAGUACUCUUAGUUCCACUUGAUUCUGAACUUCGAAACUACUUGUACAUAAAUAACGUCGGUGUGCCGUUGUGGCGUUUGUAUCGUGAUUCUUCUGUAUAUAAUUAUGAAUAUAAAAAAUGGGCUCUUUUGAGUUUCUGCA